AUGGCAGAAACUGCAGUGUCAUUUGUUUUGCUACAACUAGGCCAAUUUGUAAUAAAAGAAAGUUGCAAAUCUGCAGUAGAAGAAAGAGGUUCGGUAGCAGGGAUUAAAAGAGACUUCAAUGAGAUCAAAGAUGAACUUGAGAGCCUCCAUGCUUCCCUCAAGGAUGCAGACAAAAAGGCGGCUGAUGACGGUGAAGGAGGAGGAGGAGGAUCCAAUGGAGUCAAAACUUGGGUGAAGCAGGUGAGGGAAGCGUCUUUUCGCAUAGAAGAUGUGAUUGAUUACUACAACAUGUUUUUGGCAGAGAGGGCCAGUCAUUCUAUAUUCAAAUCUGCACUCCAAAUGAUUCCUGGCUUGAACACAAUCAUGAAUACAGAUCAUCAGAUUGUUUCUGAGAUUCAAGACAUCAAGUUAUGUCUUCAUAGAAUCAAAGAAAGAAGUACAAGGUUUGAGUUUCUGUCUGACAAUGAUGCGGGAAGCCAUAGACGGACUAAAGCUCCUAGAAUUGGUGACCCUCGAAUGGCUCCGUAUUUCAUUGAAGAGACUCAAGUUGUAGGAUUUGAGUCCGCGCGAGAUGAAUUGGUCAGAUGCUUGGUGGAGGGAAACAAUGAGCUAAUGUUGGUUGCUGUGGUUGGCAUGGGAGGACUCGGGAAAACUACUCUUGCAAAGCAUGUUUUUGAUAACCAGCUAGUGAAAAAGAACUUUGAUUGUAGAUCUUUCAUCACUGUUUCGCAAUCGUACACCAUCAGAGAGCUGUUGACAGAAAUGAUAAAGAAAUUUUGCAAGGACAGCAACGAGCCUAUUCCAAGGGGUCUGCAGAAUAUGGAUGAUGAAACUUUGAUUAAUCAAGUGAGACAAUACCUUGAGUCAAAAAGGAAAUCUUUUCCUGUUCAUGUCCAUGAGCUACAACGUUUGCCUCCAGACAAAGCAUGGGAGCUGUUUUGCAACAAGACGUUUAGAGGGCACUGUCCAACAGAACUUGAGGAGAUGUCCAGAGAUAUUGUUCAAAAGUGUGGAGGGCUACCAUUAGCUAUUGUGGCCAUCGGUGGUCUUUUGUCAACAAAAGCUAAAACCGUGUUCGAGUGGAUGAAGGUGAGUCAAAAUCUGAGAAUGGAGUUGGAUCGCAAUGUGCAUUUGACUAGUCUAGUAAAGAUUUUAUCUCUUAGUUAUGAUGACUUGCCUUACCAUUUGAAAUCAUGCAUGUUAUACUUUGGUAUAUAUCCUGAGGACUACACAAUCAAUAGGAAGAGACUUACGAGACAAUGGAUGGCCGAAGGGUUUGUUAGGCACGAGGAAGGAAGAACUUUGGAGGAAGCUGCUGAAGAGUGCCUCACAGAGUUGAUACAAAGAAGUUUGGUUAAUGUUUCUAGAGUCGGUUUCGAUGGAAAAGUCAAAAGUUGCCAAGUUCAUGAUUUGUUGCGCGAAGUGAUCAUUAGAAAAAUGAAAGAUUUAAGCUUCUGUCAUUUAUGCCAUAAAGAUGAUGAACAAGUUACUCUUGGAAUAACUAGACGCUUUUCUAUAGCAGCUAUUUCCAACAAUAACUUGACAAACACUAGCAACUCGGGAAUUCGCGCUAUAUUUGUUUUCGACAAAGGUGAAUCCCCUAAACAGCUCAUGGAUGGAUUAUCCGCCAAGUUCAAGCUUUUGAAAGUGCUUGAUUUUGAGAAUUCUUUGUUGAAUUCUAUUCCUGACAACUUGGGGAAUCUUUUCCAUCUAAGGUACUUGAACCUGAGUCAUACAAAAGUUACCGUUCUUCCCAAAUCCAUCGGUAUGCUAGUCAACUUAGAAACGUUGGAUCUAAGGCAAACUCCCGUGCAUGAGUUACCAAAAGAGAUAAACAAACUCACAAAGCUACGACUUCUUCCGGCUUAUUAUAGAAAAUACGAAGGGCAUUAUACUAUGUUGAACUUUACAAUCGGGGUCAAAAUGCAAAAAGGUAUUGGAAGCUUGAAAUCUUUACAAAAACUUUACUUUCUGGAAGCAGAUCAUGGUGGAAACGACCUUAUCCAAGAGCUCAAAAAGUUGAAACAAUUAAGAAAGUUAGGCAUAAAGCAUGUUCGGGGAGAAUACGGAAAUGCAUUAUGUGAAGCAAUACAAAAGAUGGAGCACCUUGAAUCUCUGAACAUCGGGGCUAUAGCUAAGGAUGAAAUCCUUGACUUGGAUCUUGAGUCACCUCCAACCUAUCUUAGAGUGCUCAAUUUGAAAUGCAAACUAACAAAGUUGCCUGAAUGGAUUCCAAAUCUCAAGUAUCUUGUGAAACUAAGACUUGGUUUGUCUAACUUCCAAGACGAUCCACUAGACUCUUUGAAGAAUUUGCCUAAUUUGUUGAGGCUGAAUUUGUGGGAUGAUGCAUUUUCUGGUAAAAGAUUGCAUUUUCGGAAAGGAGGGUUUCAUAAGCUGAAGGAGUUGGAUCUGACUAGACUAAAUACACUAAGUUCGGUAUCUAUAGAUGAAGAAGCUCUACUUUGUCUCGAACACUUCAGAUUCAACAACAAUCCUCAAUUGAAGGUGGUACCGCAAGACCUCCAAAACUUGAAAAACCUUCAAUUCCUUGGAUUUGCUGAUAUGCCGGUUGAAUUAGUUGAUAGCAUUGAUCUAGAGAAAGAUGGACCAUGCCAUUGGAUUAUCAAUCAUAUUCCGCUUGUACUAAUUCGUCAGAAAGUAGGAGAAAAAUUUCAUGACUAUAAGUUGCGCCCGAUUCCUACUCAACGCAUUAUCUAA